AUCAGUAAUUUCUUUAUUAAUUCAAUUUUGCACUAAGAAAUUGCCAGACUCCCAAGCAAGAUGUCUGUCCACCCCGGUAGGGAGUUGAGAGUUGGCGACUGACGCGACAGGCGACAAAUUACAGGACAUGGCGCAAACAACUGCCAACUGGGGAACUGGCGUUAAAUCGAUUUUGUUGCAGGGGACAAAGUCAAGCCAGACAUUAGACGCACAGCGUUUCAAGUUACACCAAGUGCCAAGUGAUAAGAAACGCCGACACCUCAUCAAGAGCCACCCCGGAACAAUCCCUGUCACACUGAGUGGGUGAAUGUGAGUGAGUGAGUGUUUGUGUAUGUGUGUGUAUGUGGCUGCUGCACAAGUGGACGGGCAUUUUAAAAUACAAGAAAAUCGUAUUGCAAAUGAUUCCCUUACUAGCACUUUAAUGGCCAAGUACAUCCCAAAAAUAUCAAAAUACCUUUAUGUUUGACCCAUUUGACAUUGUUAGGUUAGGUAGUGUCACAAAGGUUGUGAAUUAGGCGCCAAAAACUCGAGUACAGUAAAAAAGCAUUAUAAAUGACAAAGCAUGAAGGGCACACUGAGACAAGCACAUAAAAGAGAAAGAGAGAGAGUGACAACUGAGAGUUUAUGUUGGGGUGCGUCUGACUGGCGCUCUUGGUGGCUAGUGGUGGUUGUUGGCUGGUUAACAGCGACAACGCCGGCUUUUGUCAAACUGCAGCCAAAGGACGCAGUUGGUUUUCGUGCUCAGCGGGCAACUCUCAGUUGGAAAAUGAUUUUUGUGAACGCAUUUGGCUGUGAAUGUUAGUGUUACUAAAUUGAUAUGCAAAUGGUGUACAUUAAUGAGUGUUAAAUUCGCAGUAAAUAAAAUCUGUUUUAACAAUAUUGCAGCACAAGUACAAUAUCCUAUCAAGCGAAGCGCGUGACUCGAGUCGUCUCGCUCGCACUGAGCACAGAGCAUUUAAUCGAUAUAUUCAACAGUGGGCUGCCCACCUAACAGUAUUAACAGUACAAUGCUGAACUUAGCCGCCGUUGGAGCUAGCGACGAGUAGUUGGAGUCGCAGUCGCUGUGUCAGCGUUGAGACGUUAAGACGGAUACGUGCAAUAACAUUGAAGGCGUCACACAAACAGUACCUGUGUUUCUAUGCGUGUGUGUGUAUAUAUAUGCUGUGAAUUGUGAAAAUGUUAAAUGCAAUGUACACAAAUAAAUGCGGGUGCGAUGCACAACUUUGCUCAAGUCGAUCCUUGAAUGUGAAGUGAACGUUACAGUUAAUCGCUACCACGCAAGAAGUAAUUGAAAUCGCCGAUUUUCAUAUAUACAUUUAUGGAGUGCAUGAUAAAUGCAGUAACUGACAAUUCAUUUGGAAAUGAAAGGGGGAAACUCAUAAAUGAAUGCUUUUAAUUGCGAAACAAUGACGUUUGCCACGACAAAUGUGGAUAGAACAAAAGCUAAAUUGUUCGCUAGAUCAACAACAGCAGCAGAAUCAGCAACAGAAGCAGCAGCAACAAACUUUUUGUCCAGCUGCACCAGUGAAAAUCGUGAAAAUUGAGCCAGCAGAAUGUUGCUGAUGCCAACAUCAUGUGGCCCCGGUCCGCCAGCGGACGCACACGCUGUUGACCUUAGGUUAACACAUGGACAUACACGUAUCCGACAAAGUCGACCAACAGCAACCCGGAUUACGGCCCGGACUCGAUGCCCGGCCAGUCCCGCAACGGGCAUUCCCAAAUGGCUUCUAAUGCUCCUCAUGCUUUUUGCCUUUGUGGCCCAAACGCCGCAGAGCCAAGUGGCCGCCGAGAAGAGCAAACACUACUACAUGCAAUCGCUGUGCAAGAAUCACUUUCUGCAGCAGCUCUAUCGCAAAAUCGAUGGCGCCGUCUUGUGGUCUCAGAAUGAACGCAACUUGGACUGUGUCAUCACCUUCCAGACCCAUUCGAUUCUGCAGCGCUUCAUGCUGCGCUUCGACAUGCUCCAACUGGACUGCAAUGAUCAUCUGCUGGUCUAUGAUGGAGCCCAUGCCGUAUCGACGCCCAAGAUUGACAUCUCCUGUCGCAACACGAAGAACACUGUGAAUGCGAUAUUGACGCGAACGAAUUUCGUGACCCUGAAGUACGUCACCGAUGGAUGGGGGACAGAUGCGAAUGGUUUUAAGUUGGUGAUAACAUCGGUGAAGGAUCCAAAGCACACAUGCAAAGACUUCACGUGCGCCACACGCGAAUUUUGCAUCAAUCCCGAUUUACUGUGCGACGGCGUCAACCACUGUGGCGACAACUCCGAUGAGUCCGUUCAGAAUCUAUGUCAGAAUGAGACGACGAGCACUGUGUUUGGCGUGGACAUGACCUGGUUCGUGUUGAUUGUGGUCGGAGUGCUGCUGGUGCUAAGCGCCCUCAUUGUGGCCAUUGCAAUCUGUGUGUGCCGGCGACAGGAUGAGAAUGCCGCCAAUCAGAACACCGCAAUGCAGCUACAUCACAAUGCCGAGACGAACGGAUCGUCGAAGCAUCUGCAUUACCAUGGCGUCGGCAUGGGCAUUGGCGUUGGCGGCACGCUGACGCGAGAGCACACACAAUUGCCGCCGGCGUCGGGAAACUGGCAUCACCCUGCGGGACCAUCCGGGUACCACCGCAUUCCACACAAUUACUUGAAGAUGGCCACCAAAGUCCGUCCCAUUUGGUGCUUGGCAAAUUUCGUCAAUUAGGUCAAGAUCUUUCACAAAACACAACCGGACUCAGCCAGACGAACAUCGCCGUUGCUGGCAAUCAUCCGAAUGCCAACUCUGCUGUCGGCGCUGCUCAGAAGGACGAGUGGUUCGUUUAAGAGCCAAUUGGCCAACUGGUUCCGGUUCAGUGGUUCACAGUGAAAGACAAAAAUAAAACCAACAAAUUAAUUGACUUGAGCACAAUAAUCUGCACUUAACUAAGUGAUUUCACGGAUAUUUGCAGAGCAUUAAAUGAAGACUGUUUGACUAUAUUUAACAACAAAAUAAUAUGUGGACAUCACCGCGCAGGGUGUAUUUAUAAGAGAUCUACUCGUACCCAGGCAGAAUCUCGAAAGCAUUGGUCAAAAUUGUGCCGUAAAUUGCAUAAUUUUG